AUGCUAACAAUAUUAUAUAUUAUUCAACAAUAUACAAUAUAUGUUGGAUUUUUUCUUUUGAUAACUGGUAUUCUUGGUAAUACAAUUAAUAUCUAUAUCUUCUCAGCUGUAAAUUCUUAUCGUAGAACACCAUGUACUUUUUAUUUUCUAAUUGCAUCUAUAUGUGAUUUACUUAUAAUAUUAAUUGGUCUUUUAUCACGUAUUCUCGAAAUUGGUUAUGACUUUAAUUUAUUGAAUUCUUCUGUGGCUUGGUGUAAAAUUCGACAAUAUUUUAUAGCUAGUAUAUGUAUUAUUCCAUUCUAUUGUCAAUGUUUAGCAACAAUUGAUCAAUUUUUUGUUACAUCUAAAAAUGUCUAUUUACGACAAUCUAGUACUAUUAAACAAGCUUAUUGGAAUAGUAUAUUUUUAACAAUAAUUUGUUUAAUUCAUGGUAUUCCAUUUUUUAUGUAUUAUGAUAUAUCAUCAACGACAAAAUUAUGUUCAUCAAUGAAUAUUGUAUUGACUUUGUAUCUUCCAAUAUUUGUUCUUGGAAUAUUUCUAUUUAUACCAACUAUAUUAACAAUUAUAUUUGGAUUUCUUACCUAUAAAAAUGUAUGUCAAUCAAAAGGUCUUACGAAUCAACAUGCUGAUCGUCAAUUAGUUAAUAUGAUUUGUAUGCAAAUAAUAAUAAUUAUUUUAGCUACUAUUCCAUAUGGAAUUUAUAAUAUUUAUUCAUUAGUAACAAUUAAAACUAUUAAAGAUAAAGAUCGUUUAAAUAAGGAAUCAUUAGCCUUUACAAUUAUUUCUCUCAAUACAUAUAUUUAUACUAGUGGUAGUUUUUUUGUUUUUAUGAUUUCUUCAAGUCGUUUUCGUCAAAUGGUAAAGAAACGAAUUUUUUGUCGUCGAACUGCAAAUCAAAUUAGUCCACAACAAUUAAAAUGA